AUGGGUAUCCAAAAGAAGCAUGGAAAAGGUCGUCUUGAUAAGUGGUACAAGUUGGCCAAGGAGAAGGGAUACAGAGCCAGAGCUGCGUUCAAGUUGAUCCAGCUGAACAAGAAGUAUGGAUUUCUGGAAAAGAGUAAAGUUUUACUGGAUCUUUGCGCUGCACCAGGUUCAUGGUGUCAAGUCGCAGCAGAGGCCAUGCCAGUGAGCAGUCUUAUUGUCGGUGUUGAUCUCUCCCCCAUCAAACCCAUUCCACGAGUUAUUACCUUCCAGAGCGAUAUUACCACCGACAAAUGUCGAGCAACGAUCCGAUCGCAUUUCAAGACUUGGAAAGCGGAUACAGUCCUACACGAUGGUGCGCCCAAUGUUGGUACCGCUUGGGUGCAGGAUUCUUUCAACCAGGCCGAACUGGCUUUGCAGGCCAUGAAGCUGGCUACGGAGUUUUUGGCCGAGGGAGGAACUUUUGUCACCAAGGUCUUUCGAUCGAAGGAUUAUAACAGUUUACUUUGGGUGUUCAACCAGCUAUUCACAAAGGUCGAGGCCACUAAACCGCCAUCCUCGAGAAAUGUUUCCGCAGAGAUUUUCGUCGUAUGUCAGGGUUUCAAAGCGCCAAAGCGAAUCGAUCCCAAAUUCUUGGACCCAAGAUCUGUCUUUGCUGAGUUGUCAGACCCCACACCCAAUAAUGAAGCCAAGGUUUUCAAUCCUGAGAUCAAGAAGAGGAAGAGAGAUGGUUAUGAGGAUGGGAAUAUGACCCAGUACAAGGAGGUGCCGGCAAGUGAAUUCAUUCAGACUACUGACCCUAUCGCAAUUUUGGGAAGUUUGAAUAAAUUGAGUUUCGAUCAACCACCGAACGGAGACGUAGCUCUUGCAGCGCUUGACAAAUUGCCUGAAACAACUCAGGAAAUUCGAGAUUGCUGCAAAGAUCUGAGAGUGUUGGGAAGAAAAGAAUUCAGGAAUCUGUUGAAAUGGCGGCUGAAGGUCCGGGAGAAGUUUGGAUUUGCGACCAAAAAGUCUGUCAAAGAAGCAGAGGAAGAAGUAGCUGAGGUCGAGUCGAUGGAUGAAGAAUUAAAAAUCGCGGAAAGACUACAAGAAUUGACCGACAAAGAAAGGUUACGGAAGAAGCGUGAAAGAAGGAGGGAGAACGAGAAGAAACAGAAGGAAAUCAUACGGAUGCAGCUUCACAUGACAGCACCCACUGAGAUUGGUCUUGAGCAGUCCGGCCCCAAUGGAGACAAUUCUAUGUUCGGUUUGAAGGCGGUCGAUAAGAGCGGGGCUGCUGAUAAGAUUGCUAAGGGCAAAAUGGCCAUUCUCAAAGCAAGCGACUCGCGGCAGGAUCAUGAUAGUGGGCUUGGAUCAGACGGAGAAGAAGAGAGCGAUGAGGAGCAAGACAGGCUCGAUCGGGAACUGGAUUCGAUGUACGAACAAUAUCAGGACAAAAAGUCGAGCAUCGACGCAAAAUUCCGAGCAAAGAAAGCGAGAAAGGAACACGAGGAUGGGGACUGGGAGGGUUUCACUGCUGAUAAGGAGGGCAGUGACGAUGAUGAGGAGCUUGAAGAGGACAGCGACGACUCCUCAGACGAUGAAACUCCAUCAAAGGGACCUCUGCUUACGGAUUUGCAAGGAGUUGACAACAAAGCCGGAGGACUUUCACGGCGAGCAGCACAAUUCUUCGAUCAAGACAUCUUCAAAGAUAUUGGCGGAAUACCCGAGGAGAAAGUAGAAUCUGAAGAUGAACUGGAAGAGGGGGAAGAGGAAAUUUCCGCAGACCUUGACGCUUUAGAAAUUGCUAGGCAAGAUGCGCCUGGAAUUGAGCCGGAUUCAGAUUCCGAUGUUCCUGAAGCGGAGGAGGCAGAGUCUUCAGACGAGGAGGGAUUUGAAGUUGUCAAAUCAAAAGCUAAUCCCUGGGACGAUGAACCCCGGAAAGAUGGUCGACUAGAUAUCGAUAUCAUUACAGCAGAAGCUAUGACUCUCGCCCAGGCUAUUGCCUCCGGGUCAAAGACAACAGCUGACUUGAUUGAUGAGAACUUUACCAAGCACAGCCUCAAGGACCGUGACGGUCUUCCAGACUGGUUUCUCGACGACGAGGGCAAGCACGACAAACCACAUCGUCCGAUCACAGCGGCAGGAGCGGCAGCCAUCAAGGAGAAAUUACGAGCUCUAAACGCUAGACCAAUCAAGAAGGUCCGUGAAGCCAAAGACCGAAAGAAGUUCCACGCUGCACAGCGACUCGAAAAACUACGCAAGAAGUCCGCAUUACUUCAAGAUGAGGAGGGUAUGACCGAGAAGGAGAAGGCAAGCAGCAUCAUGAAGUUGAUGAGCAAAGCCGCAAAGAAGAAGCCAAAGCAACAGGUCAAAGUUGUGGUUGCUCGUGGUGGCAACAGGGGUAUUGCCGGAAGACCUAGAGGUGUCAAGGGUAAGUACAAGAUUGUCGACGCUAGGUUGAAGAAGGACGUGAGGGGAGAAAAGAGAGCAGCGAAGAAAAGAAAGUGA